AUGAGCGAGCGCAGCGUUAACGUCAAGAAUGCAGACAUGCCCGAGGACAUGCAGCAGGACGCGAUAGACUGCGCCAUCCAGUCCAUGGAGCGCUUCAACAUCGAGAAGGACAUCGCGGCGUACAUAAAGAAGGAGUUCGACAAGAAGCACCACCCGACCUGGCACGUCAUAGUCGGGAAGAACUUCGGGUCCUACAUCACGCAUGAGACAAAGAGGUUCAUCUACUUCUACGUCGGCCAGCUGGCCUUCCUGAUCUUCAAGUCUGGUUGA